CUGUCAACAAUACUUUGAGUGAUGUGUCAACUCUUGUUAUUUUUUUUGCGAUUAAAAACUUAAAAGAAUUCUCAAAGAAUUUUUACGAAAUAAUAACAAAUCUUUCGCUAAUUGUUUACAAUAAAUAAGUAAUGUGUAAUUAACUUUAAUAAAUAUAUUAAAAACUUAACUAUUUGCCUUUAAAUAAACGUAAAACCUACAUAAUGAAACAAACGACUUCACCCACACCCUCGGUGGUGUCCAGUUAUACAGCGUCUCGAGGUCAAUCACCAUUGCCACCACCAGCCAAUGCUCGCAAAGAUUGUCUUUCAGCCACCACAAAAAGCUACAAAUAUCUAAGACGUCUAUUAAAGUUUAAUCAAAUGGACUUUGAGUUUGCUCUGUGGCAAAUGAUCUAUUUGUUUAUAGCACCACAAAAAGUUUAUAGGAAUUUUAAUUAUAGAAAACAAACAAAAUCACAAUUUGCUAGAGAUGACCCUGCCUUUUUAGUAUUGUUAGUUGUAUGCUUAUGUGUAACCUCGUUAGGCUUUGCCUGGGUUUUGGGCUUAAACAUCUGGCAAAGUAUAUCGUUUAUAUUCUAUGUGGUUUUUGUCGAUUGCAUAUUUGCCGGCAUUGUGGUGGCCACUUUUCUUUGGUUGGUUACGAAUCGCUAUUUGAGAACGAGUAAUCUGGAGCCCGAUAUUGAGUGGGGUUAUUCCUUUGAUGUGCAUUUGAAUGCCUUCUUCCCGCCCUUAAUGCUGUUACAUUUCCUGCAGCUAUUCUUCUACAAUUGGUUGAUCAGUCAGCCCUGGUUUAUUUCACGUCUAUUGGGUAAUACGUUCUGGUUGUUGGGUUUGAGCUAUUAUGUUUACAUCUCAUUUUUGGGUUACAAUUGUAUACCCCAUCUUAAGAAUACACGUUUAAUUCUCAUUCCUUUGCCCAUUAUAUUUUUAUUAUAUUUAAUCACUUUAAUUAUUAGUUGGAAUGUAACUAUAUCCUUUAUGGAUUUCUAUAAGUAUCGUGUGUAUUAGUUUUUUUAAGCGCGAGUAGAAUUUUUAAGAAAUAUUUAAAAUCAUUUUUCUGUACUGUACCAUUAGACUUUCAUAACUAAUUGUGCAUUAAAAUUGUAAAAUAAAGCGAUUUUAUUUAAUCAAAA